CAGAGGAGGGCACAGUUACCUCGCGCUUCGGAUGGCGUCAGCGGUCUCCAGGCAACAGGCCAGCCUUCAGUCAGUCAGACGGUGAGAUUUGUCAAUCACGGCGGCGCGCGGCGGUCACGGCCCUCUCACGGAUCCGGUGCGCGUUUCUCCGCUUCAGUGUGACAGAGAUGUGAACACGGCGCGGAUAACGGUUGGAUGUGUGCUGAAGAACAGACCCGGACCCUCCGGUACAGAGAGAACACCGGACGCAUUCACGGCGGUUCCGCGCGCGGACGCGACGCGCCUCAAGUUCUCCGAGGGAAUUUUACGCGGACAGAGAAGACGCGUUUACGCCAAUUUCAUUCGACUUUUUAACGUGUUUUGCUUGGUGUGACAUGCUAGUUCAAGGUUUGAUAUGCUUUAGACUCAUGAAUUCCGUUUUAACGGACUGUUAUUUCCCGACAAAUAAACUGUGGAGAAAUUUUGAUUGACUUUGAACUCAACGACACGGCGCUUUUACCUCAGAAAAAUGCUGAAAUUUCACAAUUCUGAUCUGUGGAUUGCUUGGCUGCUCUUCUUAUGUGUGGACGACUGAAGAUCUGCUGUGAUUCUGGAUCAAUGGCUCUUUAUAUUCAAGACCUUUUGCUUUGAUGUUGGUUAUUGAUCUUCGUCCCACAAGACGGUCAGAGAGGUGUCACAGCGGAGGCAGUGAACUUCAAAAAAGUGUGUGUUCAUGCGUUGGAGGUGACAGUGAGUCAAAGCAGCGUUCAGGUGGCCAGAGGUCAAGCGGCCGUCUUACCCUGCACGUUCACAACCAGCGCCGCUCUCAAUAAUCUUUACAUCAUAUGGAUGGUCACACCCCUGGCCAAUGCCAACCAACCAGAACAGGUGAUCAUCUAUCAGGGUGGUCAGGUCUUCAGUUUAGCCAAUCACAUGAACGGACGGGUGGGUUUUGUGUCCACUAUGCCCAGCACAAGUGCCUCAAUCUUCAUCAAUAACACACAGCUGUCUGACACGGGAACAUACCAGUGUCUGGUAAAUAACCUGCCGGACCGCGGAGGACGAAAUAUAGGCGUGAUCGGCCUCACUGUGCUCGUUCCUCCGUCCACACCGUCCUGUCGUAUUCAGGGUUCGCUUGAUGUUGGCAGUGAUGUGAUGUUGUUGUGUGGUUCGGAGGAGGGCAUCCCCACACCUGUCUACUCCUGGGAAAAACUCGAGUCGGUGCCCAAACUUCCCCACAAUGCCAUGCAAGAUCAGAUGCAGGGAAGCGUCACACUGAGAAACAUCAGCACCAGCACAUCCGGCCUGUAUCAGUGCACUGCGUCAAACAUCAUAGGAAAGAGCACCUGUGUCCUUAACCUGCAGGUUGUAGCACCUCAGACACAGAGUGUGGGUCUGAUCGCCGGUACCGUUGCCACGAGCAUUCUGGCUGUGAUCAUCUGCUGUCUGCUGGUGCUGGUCACGCUCUUCUACUGGAGAAAUAAAAACAAAUAUGAGGAAGAUGAAAUUCCCAAUGAGAUCAGGGAGGACGAUCUUCCACCAAAGAGAUCUUCAUCAGUUAAGGCCUUCAACGCGGACGCCUCGUCUUCAGAGAACGACACGCUGACGUCCACCAACACCUACAACAGCCGCUACUGGCACAACCCAAAACCAAACUACGACACCAACUCAUACACACGUUACAACGGCGACACGCGACAGACCUUCACAGGCGGGGCCAACACAGCGGGAAACGCCCCUCCGCGCCCCGCCUAUGCCAACGGCAGCCACACCCUACCCCCGCCCAAGACACUGGUGGUCACCACCAACUCCGCCCCCUCCCCACCCGUCAUGACCCGCAGUAACGGCUCGCUGAGCCUCCGCCCGACCGUCACCACGACGCCUGCAGUGACUCACGGGCAGCAACACACGCACUCGUACGCCGUGAGUCAGGCCACGCUGGAGCGCAUGGGAGCUGUGCCAGUCAUGGUGCCCGCCCAGAGCAGAGCUGGGUCACUCGUCUGAUAUCUGACUAAAUCAAACUGUUUUAUAACCGAGUUCAGCUGAUGCCAACUAAAACUGAUCCACAUCACCAUUAACACACCUUGUGCUCAUUGACUGUUUGCUUUGUUAAUUUUUUUAAUUCUUGACAAUAAACUGAAUUUUCUGAAGGCCCUCGAGUGACAAAUAAACUUAAAUGACGUCUUUCUCCCUCCCUGUCACCUCCAGAGAAGAUAUUUGAAUGUGCAUGAUGCUUUGUUUGAUCAGAUCAAAACUUUUUGGUAAAUUUUACUGCUUUGUAACACUGGAACGGAAAAGGAAAAAGUGUGUUAUUUAAAGCAAGAAUAAUUUUCUCUCUCUCUCUCGAUCUUUAAUUUGGAGAGUUUGGUUCAGACAGUAUUACUACUUCACACAAGUUUGCACUGAAACUCAAUGUCGUCCUCAUAUCUGUUUGAUUUCAUUUGAAUGAAAAGUCUUACUGUAGAUCUGUCUUAACCAUCCUAAUUCAACACUACUGACAGUAUAGCCGUAGUCUACCUCUAAAAACACUACAGAUAUAAAAUAGAUCAGCUAUCUAAUGAAUAGUGUAGGUAUUAUAUGGAAUCGGAGAAAGCUCAGAGUAUGAAAUGAUUUCUAAAGUUUAUUGAUUCAUCAGUGGAAAUUCACUUCAGUUGUGUGCUGCUGUCAGAGGAGGUAGAUUCAGAUUCUUCUGUAUGUUAUAUGAAAGAAUACUGAAAUAAGAUAUUAACACUCACUGUUUAUUUUGUCUAUUUCUUGCUUUGAUUUUUUUUAAACUGUAAAUAAUUUAAUGACUUGUAGAAUAGAAUGUGAAUAAAACUUUCUUUUGCCCAAA